AUGGACGAACCUAUGUCCUCUACAGCGCAGCAAGAGAUUAACGAGCCCAACAGCGCACCACAAGGCACCCUCGCCGCAGAUGAAAGAGGAAAAGAUGCUGCCACUGCGGCGUAUCUUGACGAGAUCAGUGCAAAUUGGGGCAUGCCGCUCAAGUCGUGGCUAGUGCCUCAACUCCAUUGGCAUCCCGACGAAGUGGGUGGAGAUUCCGCUCGAAAAUUCACCUUCGAGAUCGCCAAGCAACUCUCUAUACUCUCCAAAGAAUCGCGGGACGAUCAUCUCAUGGCUAUGGUGUAUAUCGAGCAGACGUAUCAGUGGCGUCGGGAGAAAGACCCUGACAAGAAUGUCCGCAGCUGGGGAUGGAUAACUCCUCGGGAUAUCAAGUACGCGACGGGACACUACACUCGGCAGAAAGACAGCGAGGACGCUCGCAAGGCUCGGCUCGAGAAGUACCAGACCAAGCGGAAGCAUGAGGAGUUGACCGAAGAGGCAGAUGACUUGGUGGACCAGGAGCGUAGUCGGAAACGUCUCAAGGCCAUUCCGAAGUGGAAGCGGAAGCCUCGUCUGUUCGUUACGCUUAAGGUCAACUCAGAAUUUCUCCGCAACGUGCAACCCCGGUGCAUUGCAGUUCUAAAGCUCAGCCCGGAUCUCCUGCGUAACUUUCCGCACGACAAUCCCGUCACCGGGCCAUCCAGCCAGCCUACCUCCUCCGCCUUGCCUGCCGCUGAUGCAUCUGCACCAGCAGCGAAACACGCUGUUCCCGCUCUCUCUCCCGGCCCCUCCGCACCUCCACCAGCUGCACAGCAGCCAACCUCCGCCCCUUCUUCCCCCGCCUCCGCGCUUCCGCCAGUAGCAGAGGGCCUCCCUCAGGAGAAAAUGGAUGCCGCUCCCAUCCUCGCCGGGAUGAAACGGCAAAGCGAUGCCGCGCAGACAUUGAUGGACUUCUCUCAGCAGGCUGUUGUAUCUCCUCCAGCAAUCGAGGGGAGCUAG